AUGAUUAUAGGGCAUUUAUUCCAGGAGCAAUCGACUAAUUGGGAGUCUCUUGCUCGCAAGCACAUCGACGGUGUUGCAAGUGCCUGUAAAAGGUUUGUACUUGCGGUUCUCAGCAGUAUAGGGACACCUGAUACUACAGAAAAGCUCUCAAUACUUACCGUAUUACCUUUUCUGAAACAUGCGCAUUCGGAAGCUAUCACAGAACUAGAGCGGGUUCUAGCAGACAAGUCACGGCAUCCGAUAACGUACAACCAUUACUUCACUGACAACAUUCAAAAGCUCCAUCAGGAGCGGCUGACAAGAUGCCUGAUGGAGAAUGCGGAAGAUUCAAUGGUUGAAGUCUCGGAGAAGACGUUCGUAGCAGGACCAGGCUUUGUAGAAAAGGAAUAUAUUGAUCCGGCGGCGCUAAAGUCCGCGCUCCUGCGCACGAUCCAACACGAUAUGGAUACGUUUGCUGCUGAGCAGGCUCUAGAUGCACACGAUGCAUUCUACAAGGACGAACGGAAGUAUUAUGUCGAUGUGAUAACAAAACAGGCCAUCGAGCGACAACUUCUCGCGCCCCUUGCAGAGAUCUUAUCUCCUAGAUCAAUUGCUGGGUAUACAGAAGAGAAAAUUCAAAGCAUCGCCUCCGAACCGUUUGAGAUUAGGCAGUUGCGGGCUCAUCUUGAGAGUAAGAAGAAAAUGUUGGAGGAGGGCGCAGAUGCAUUUCAAGCUGCAGUCACUGGAGGGCAGUCGCUGUAA